UUCUACUUUUCUAAGAGUCUGUUUGAUGUGUGUAGGUACAUUAUUUGUUGGUGCUUUAAAGCUGUGAAGUUUGUGCUGUGGUCGGUAUGUUAUUCACAUUGGACAAUAUCCUAAUAUUUUUCAUGGGUGUAUAACGAACAGUUUCUGCUGGCUUGAUGAUAUAAACUGAGACGACAGCAAUAUCACAGGAAACCUUUGUAAUAUUUGCUGAAUUGUAUUGUUUUGUAAUUCGUUUCCAUUGCACUGUGUCUCAAUACUUAUUUCAACCUUCUGCUCCUGCAUCAGUCCAUUACUUUAAUUAGAAUGUACCACGUGCAGAACAUUAUUCGUCUGCUUUCAAACGUCACUUCUCUGCUCCUACUGUAGGCCAUCUAGUUUCAUAUUUCCAACGUUAUAUUAAAAUCCAACACAUCUUGACAAUAACUCUUGCAAUCCCUAUUUUGGUCUUGAUUAGAAAUUGAUAUACACCUUUUCCUACUAUUAUACCCUUUGUCUAAUUGUCUUAAUUAUUUUCUUAUUUUCAGUGGCCCAUAGAUGGACUACACGCGAGGAGAACACUCUAAUCUCUCUUGUGGCUACAAACACAGGGCUAUGGAAAAUAGCAGAAGAGAUAAAGUUAAGUUCUCAGCAAAAGAGAGUUUUAUGGAGUAAGAUUGCUGAUGAAAUAGGAGUACAAAAGGAUCAAGCUCGCUACAAAUGGCAAAAUCUUAAAACCCAGUAUUUCAAAGAAAGGGAUUCCUUCAGACACUUUGUUGCGAUGUCCUUUUUAGACAAGAAGGAUAAUUGGGCCGAUGAUGAAUUUGACGAAUCACCUGAUACCAGUCAAGAUGAUUCAAAUACUCAACGUGAAAAGCCAGAAACAUGGUCGGUGCCGCAGAAUUCUGAAUGGAAAGCAGAGUGGGAAUUCCUGCUGGGCAUUUUGCCAUACAUGGAUGAAAUAGAAGACGAUGACCAUAAUAUGAAUUUUAAGCUCCAAGCUUUCGCUAUGCUUUUCAAUUAUAAAACUAACAACAAUGUAGCACGACUAUUUCAAGAACAGCAACAAAGCAAUGCUGUAAAAAUCGCAAAAGUCGAAGUUCAGCAAAAUAAACCAGCACUAUCAUCGCACAAACAUCAUCCAAUCGGUGCUGCAAAAGUUGAAUCUGUAGAAGUGGAAGAUGAGGAGGAAAUCUUGAAAGAUGGUGAACAUUCAAUUUUUUGUACGCUCGUCAUUCAUUAAAUAUGUCUAAUAUACAAUUUUAAAAUUUUUUUUUCUUUCAGAUGUUAUAACCCCUGGUAAAAAUAACUUGUUAAA